GAUGUCUAAUUCCAUAAAAACUAUUCAUCCAUUUGUUUAUUGGGGUCAAUCAGAAGAAUAUGUAUUUCUUUCAAUUAAAGUAGCCAAUGCAAAUAUUAAUUCUAUUGUUAUUAAUCAAGAAGAGUUUAUAUUUUCCGCUAUGGGUAAUGGAGCUGAUGGUGUUAAAAAAUAUGAAUUUUCUAUUGCAUAUUAUCUUCCUAUAAUUCCUGAACAAAGUCAAUAUAUCGUUACAAGUUUAUCUGUAAAUGUUAAAUUACGCAAAGAACUUAAAGAUUCAUGGCCAAGGUUAACAAUGGGAAGCCAGCGUUUACCUUGGGUUCGUCCUGAUUUCGAUCGUUAUCAGUUUAAUGAUUCUGACUUAGAAAAUAAUGAAGAAGAAUAUCUCAAAGUUGAUGUUGUACAUCCAUCAAAAGAGGAAAGAGAUAAACAUAAUGCAGAACAAAUGAUGCUUAUCGAUGAAGAAGAAUGGGAAGCAUUUUUGAAUUUGCUUAAAAAUCCUUUAACACUUUAUUUACUCAUCUUUAAUAUUGUUCAAUUCGCUGGUUAUCUUUAUAUUUGUGGAGCUCUAGUCUAUGGAUUGAUGCAACAUAAAGAAGUGUCUAAUAUACCAUUUUAUGAAUGGACUAUUGAUCGAUUAGUUUUAGUGCAAAUGUUGUCAUUGUUAGAACCUUUACAUUGUUUAUUAGGUUGGAUUCGUAGUGGAAGUGUUUUGCCUUCAUUUUUUCAAGUGUUCGCUCGUUCUCUAGUUUUGUUUUUCAUUAUAUUACCACAUGAACAAUUCCAUUCGGAGUCUACAACUUAUUGGCUUUUCUUUGCAUGGAGUCUUAUUGAAAUUGUUAGAUAUCCAUAUUACAUUUUGUCUUUAUUAUGUUUUCAAUAUGGAUUCAUUACUUAUUUACGUCAUACCCUAUGGAUAAUAUUAUAUCCUAUUGGAUUUAUAUGUGAAGGAAAAUUACUAAUUCGAUCAUUGCCUUUGUUAAUGGAAUCUCGUAAAUUCUGCUUAGAAUUACCGAAUUCAGCUAAUGUUAGCUUUGAUUUUCCAACUUUUCUGCAAAUAUAUUUGCUAUGUUCGUCGUUUGGUUUAUACUAUAACAUGAGACAUCUGUAUGUAAAACGGCGUAAAAUCAUUGGUCCUCGACCAAUUAAAGGAGCUGAUCAAAUGGGAUAUUUCUCUUUUCUACCAUAUUUGUAUUCGCUAGUUCGUGGAUCAAAGAUGAAAAGCCCGUCUGUUGGCACUACUACUGCUACCGCCACUAGAAAGAAAUAUAUAAACAGUCCUAAUAAUAGUGUGCCAAAACUACACUAAUUCAUUGCUUAGCAUAAUAUGUGUGUGUGUGUGUGUGUGUGAGUAACUGUAUAAAUGAAUCAUUUAUAUUUCCAAUAUGUAAACCCUUUUUAUACGCGUCAUUUCUUCUGUACUGAUAUUCUACAUUAUUUUAUUGUCUUUCUAUACUACUUUGAUAUUUAUAUAUAUAUUUCUGUAAACGAAACUCUAUGAAAUAAA